AUGGUUUGGUGCUUACACAACCGAAUGUUAUCUCCAGUUAUCUCCUCCAUUAUUGUGUUAUGUUUAUUGUCGAUUCAUUCUUCCAUUGCUGAAAACCUUCCAAGGUUCCAACAUCAUCUAAAACGACAACAACAAUCUCUCAACUUUUUGGUCGUUGGAGAUUGGGGAAGAAAAGGAAACUACAAUCAAUCUUUUGUCGCUCAUCAGAUGGGAAUUGUGGGAGAGAAUUUAAAUAUAGAUUUUGUGAUCUCAACUGGUGACAAUUUUUACGAGGAUGGUUUAGAAGGAGUUGAUGAUCCAGCAUUCUACGACUCAUUUGUUAACAUCUACACUGCCCCAAGCUUGCAAAAGAUUUGGUACACUGUUUUGGGAAACCAUGACUACAGAGGUGAUGUUGAAGCUCAAUUGAGCCCAAUUCUAAGACAAAAAGAUGGCAGAUGGGUCUGCUUGAGAUCUUUUAUUCUUGAUGCAGAGAUUGUAGAAUUUUUCUUUGUGGACACAAAUCCAUUUGUAGAAAAGUACUUUACAGAUCCAGAAGAGCUUGAAAAGCACACCUAUGAUUGGAGAGGUGUUCUUCCUCGCGAAACUUACACUGCAGAGCUCUUGAAGGAAGUUGAUUCAGCCUUGGUGCAAUCCAAAGCAAAAUGGAAAAUAGUGGUGGGUCAUCAUACCAUCAAAACUGCUGGACAUCAUGGUAAUACCCAAGAACUUGAAGAGCUUCUUCUUCCCAUCUUAAAGUCAAACAAUGUUGAUGCAUACAUCAAUGGACAUGAUCAUUGCCUGGAGCACAUAAUUGACAAAGAAAGUGGAAUACAAUUUUUGACAAGUGGAGGAGGAUCAAAGGCAUGGAGGGGAGAUGUGAAGCCAUGGGAUGAAGAAGAAUUGAAGCUGUAUCAUGAUGGGCAAGGGUUCAUGUCUGUGCAGAUGACAGAAACCAAUGCUGAUAUUGUAUUCUAUGAUGUUUUUGGCAAGGUUUUGCAUACAUGGAGGAUGUCUAAAGAAUUUAUAUCAGCGGCAUAG